AAAUAGUACAACAACUAUUAAUACCAAGACCUACAACUACAAGAACUACAAGACUCAUCGUCCCUCUUUUCAAAGAAGUUCCACGAAGGCUCGACUGGACUUGCAUCAGAACCUCGCACUAGACGUCCGCGAAUCUCCUGUCCCACCUUCGUGGGGUGCGAAGUACAUUGCGGGUCUCUACGACUACGCAGUGACGACCAUUCUUCUCGAGCGCCCCGAACAGGAUAAUCUCCUCAAGAAAAAAGUCGAUGUUAUUACUGACCUAGUCUUAGAAAAAGCCCCCGGCAGGGAAUUGUUUUACGUACUUGCCGAUUAUUGUGAAGACAAGAGGAGAACUCCUUUUUGCGUAUCUUGGUUGGGUAAAGAAGAUCGGCAGCAGAAGAACGACAAAAUGAAGGAGGUCAGUGAAAGCACAAAGUCUUGUCCCGUGCUCAUAUCUUUGCCAGUAGUGUACGAGGGGCAUAUUCGGUUUGCUGCAGAAGUCAUGCUCCGCCUUCUCCGAGGCAUAGCCUUCUCGCA